AUGCCCGGCGCAAGCGUUGCAGUCCUCCCGCCUCCAGCGGCUUCGACACCUUCCUCGCGAAAGGCAUCCCUCGCACCGGAACGCAAAUACAAGUGCCAGUUCUGUAACAGAGCCUUCAGCAGAAGCGAGCACCGGAGUAGACACGAACGUUCUCAUACCAAAGAGCGCCCCUUCAAGUGUAUGAAAUGUCGGAGCACCUUUGUUAGACGCGAUCUUCUCCUCAGACAUGAUCGAACUGUGCACGCCAAAGAUGGAGGUGUUCCUCUUCACAGUGAUGGUAAGCGCCGCGCAGGUGGUCCCAAGACACGAGCAAUUGGCGGACCAUCCAAGACUCAGCUUGCCCUGGACACGUCAACGUUGGAACAAAUGGAAGCUGGUAAUGAUGGCCUCUUCGAUGUGGAGGCUGCUGCCAUGCUUGUAGCCGAUCUGCACCACAAAGCCACCGCUGCUAUGCGUGGUGAUGACAGUACCUAUGCAGACAGCAAUGCCAUGGCAUACUCGCCUCGUGGAUCAACUAUUAUGGAGUCGACUGUCACAUACCCGUCUGGUGCCAUUGCAUUGCCCCAGAUGCAGUGGGAAGGCUUCAUUCCGCCAUCUGAACCCAAAACACACUCAAUAACGUCGAGCGCAUCUGGGUCUUUUGAAUCGCAGCAGUCUUUCGCUUCGGGCACAACGAUUCAACCUCGGGCCAAUCAACUACCACCUAUGGCUGGACAGCAUGCCAGCGGACUUGUACCUGCGCUUCAAUCCAUCAUUCAGGCUCUGCCUGAUGCUGGCGCUGGAACACCUACUCCCCAGAGUCCUUCUCUUGUUGAUCCUGCUCAUGCUGGCUUUCAACCUCCUCAGGUGGCUGGAGACGAACAGCGCAACGCAAUUUUGGAUAAUAUUCGCAGCUAUGACCGUGAACAUGCGAUUCCCGAAAGCUUUCGCCUGCCCGGACUGGGGUCUCUCAAUCGCUAUCUGUCGACCUACUUUGGGCUGUUCCACCACCAUUUGCCUUUCCUUCACCCGACAUCUUUUAACCCUUCGCAAGUGUCCCCCCCACUGCUUCUGGCUGUUCUGAGCAUCGGCGCACUUUACGCCUUCGAUCAGGACCAAGCUUACAUGCUCCAUAUUGGGUCCAAGGUGCUUGUCAACCAAUUCCUUCAGAACAAGGAGAACUUCAGCUCGCGGAAGUGUCCGCUCUGGACGAUGCAGAGCUCGCUUCUCAACAUGAUUUUCGCUAGCUGGAGUGGCGACCCCAAAGGCUUGGAGUGGGCUUGCUCAAUCAAGAGUCUCCUGGCGAACAUGGUCGCUGGCAACAGAUAUGAGUUGAAACUCCGCCAGGAAGCCCGAGGCACUUCCACACCAACUCGUGCGGAAUGGGUUGAGGACGAGGGCUGCCGUCGCACUUACUAUGCCGUGUACAUCUUCUUCGGGCUGUUGACAUUGACCUACAACCACACUCCGGCCAUUAGCUUCAAUGAGUUUGAGGAUCUGCAACUGCCCUCUACUGAAGCCAUGUGGAAUUUGCAAGCGACGGAUGAUGGUUCUUGGUUGGAGCAUCUCAAAACUUCCACUGCGGUCACAUUUAUGGAAGCUCACGACAACCUUUUUCAAGGCGAGACACUGCGAUACAGCGCAUUUGCAACUCGUGUUAUGAUCAACGCAUUGUUCCUGGAAGUUUGGUAUCACAAGCGCAGCCCCGAGGCUCUUCAGGAUGUCGUCACUGAAUACAAACUCCGCCUCGCCCUCGAGACUUGGGAGAAAUCCAUGGAUCUAUGCGAGCCAGAGGCAGUCGCUGUCCCUCUCAGUGCGCCGCACAAAGGCCACCCUUUGAUCUUUAAUGCCAAGGCAAUGUAUCGCAAUGCUCGCGCCCGCCUGGAGGUUGACUUGAAGAGUGUACAAGAAGCCCUCCGCUACCAUGACCCGUAUGAAGUCGCGGCUGCUAUGUCUCACGCCCGUGAUCGCGUAAAGCGCUCGAGCGAGAUGAUCAAUGUCAUUGAAGAGUGCUAUAGCUGUAUUGAGACCGCCGUGGUUCAAGGUGUUCGGUGGGUUGCUCGAACUUCACCGACGAAUUGGAGUGUCGAACAUCCAUUGUGCGGCAUGGAUCUAAUGAUCAUCCUGUCUUUGUGGCUCUAUCGCCUGGAACAUGACGACGAGCCGGCAACCCAGGAGGAACUGGCCAUGUACAACAAAGUUCGACAGCUUUUUGCUAAGGAUCUCGAUGAGGGUUACAUGUCACAGAUGAGCUCGAUUGUAGCCCGUCUUUGGGGCUCCAUGCUUGACGAAGUAGUUGUUUGGGGCAUUACCCGUUUGAUGGGUGAAUCCUUCAAAUUGCAUUCCCAGGCACUGGUUGGCUAUGUCGACGACCUCGAAGCUUCCUCAAACGUUUCUACACCUUCGAUGACCUCGCAGGGUGCAGAUGAGGAUAGCGUGUAUUAA